CUCCAAUGGGCGCCAUCCCACCCUGUUCCUGACCACCAGGUUGUCCGCAGAUUACCGAACACGGGCGUAUACACGGGAGGAUGGAAUCCUGCAGCAACAGUACGAGGAUGAGGUGAGGAAUCCCUCCGAGCUGCAGUGCCCCACCAGUCAGCUCCUUAUCCUGCCGAUCCUGAAGAUACCUCCUCAGAGCGGACAUAAAAGGAGCGAUCACCCAGAGCUUGUUUCUUUUCCACCAACUCAAUUCUCCCUCAACCCUGCACCAAUACAAAUCAUAAUCCUCCAUUGACCAUGUCCCUUCGCACUCUUCUCCUCGCUGCCUCGACGGUCUGUCUGGCGCAGGCCGACACCCGUCUUCACGCCCGCGACUGGAUUGCCAGCUCCGCGAUCGUCGGCCUCGACCAGACUGUUCCUGAUGAUGCCACCGGCGAUCUCUACCUGGGCUACCAGCCAUACCUGAAGGUGGUGAAUGGAUGUGUUCCAUUCCCUGGUGUUGAUGCCGAGGGAAAUACCGAUGCCGGCCUCUCCCCCACCGGCUCCACCAACGGCCACUGCAGUUCCUCCACCGGCCAAAUCUACGUCCGCUCCAACAUCACCUCCACCUCCAGCACCUCCGACUACCCCACCGCCCUGCUUUACAGCUGGUACAUGCCCAAAGACGAGCCGUCGACUGGCAUCGGCCACCGCCACGACUGGGAAGGCGUGAUCAUCUACCUCAAAGACUCGACCACCAUUUCCGCGGACAACAUCAUCGCCGUGUGUCCCUCUGCUCACGGCGGCUGGGACUGCACCACGGACAGCUACUCGCUGUCUGGCACCAAGCCCCUGAUUAAGUAUGAGAGUGUCUGGCCGUUGGAUCAUAGUUGUGGGUUGACGGAUGAGGUGGGCGGUACGCAGCCGUUGGUUGCAUGGGAGAGUAUGCCCUCUGCUGCGCAGGAUGCGCUUCAGACGGCGGAUUUCGAUAAGGCGAUUGUGCCGUUUAAGGAUAGUACUUUUGAGGAGAAUUUGGGGAAGGCUACUUAUUAGUUUGCUUUGCUAGCUGGGUAGGUAGGUAGGUAGGUAGGUAGGUAGGUAGGUAGUUGGUUUGGGUUGUUGAGUAGGGGGUGGUUGGUUACUGAAUGGUUGGGUAAUGUUGGCUGUAUAUCUAUUACAACUUGAAUAGUAUAAUAUAACCUUUGUCUUUGG